CUCCGGCCCAUGAUCAAGUCUAAGCCCGGUGCCUCUCAGCCCAAACCCCGCCCGGCCGUCUCCAGGCGCGCGCCCGUCCCCGGCAACCGGCCCGCCCCGGCGCUCAAAUCCCUCUCGGACCCCAAAGGCCCCGACAACCCCCCCCACAAGGGGCCCCAACGCGUCCCCAUGAGGGCCAACCCAUCCUCGGGGCUCGUCUCCAAGAAGCCCGUCUCCGCCCCUUGCGCGUCCGUCGCCCCCGCCGCCAACGCCAAGCAAAAAACCUCCGACGUCGCUCAAAAGAAGAAGUGGACCCUCGACGACUUCGAACUCGGGAAGCUUCUCGGCCACGGCAGGUUCGGCAAGGUCUACCUCGCCAGGGAAAAGAGGACCAAAUUCGUCGUCGCCCUCAAAGUCAUCCUCAAGCAACACCUCCUCGAGUCCGGCACCGAGAUCCAACUCCGCCAAGAGAUCGAAAUCCAGUCCCACCUCCGUCACCCGCACACGCUGCGCCUCUACGGGUACUUCCACGACGCAAAGCGCGUCUACCUGGUCCUGGAGUACGCGGCUCGCGGCGAACUGUACAAGGAACUGAUCGCGCAGACCAAGUUCAGCGAGCAAGUGGCCGCCAAGUACGUCUCCUGCAUCGCCGACGCGCUGCUCUACAUGCACAAGAAAAACGUGGCUCACCGCGACAUCAAGCCGGAAAACAUGGUGCUGGACCUCAAGGGAAACGUGAAGAUAGCGGACUUCGGCUGGUCGUCCGUGGUUUCGGAGUCCUCCAGGCGCAACACGCUCUGCGGCACGCUGGACUACCUGCCCCCCGAGAUAAUCGAGAGGCGGGGGCACGACAGCAGGGUGGACGUGUGGUCCCUGGGGGUGCUGGCGUACGAGCUGAUCACGGGCGAGGCGCCGUUUCUCGACAGGGGGGAAGAGAAAACGCUCAAAAAAAUUUGCAACGUGGAAAUUGUGUAUCCCAGUUACGUGUCGAGCGAGGCGAAGGACCUGAUCGGCAGGCUGCUGGUUCACACCCCGAGCAAGAGAAUGAAUCUAGAGGAGGUGUUGAGGCACCCCUGGGUGGCGCGGCACGCCGAGGCGAGGGCCGGCUCGUGACGGUUUUUUGUAAAGGAGAAAAAAACGUGUGGCGCGCCGAGGGCGCGCACUCGAGGUCGGCGUCGUU